AUGAUUCUCAAAGAUGCCCUGCCUCAGGUGCACCGAUGCCACCAGUUCAGCGCGGGCCGGUGGAGAUUCAAUGUGGAGUGCCUGGUUGAUGCAGGUGGACUCUCCAGCCGCCAGCUCGACGUGCAGAGCUGCAAAGCUGCUUCCAAGAUCCAGCCAUUCCUCCUUACCUGGGACGUCCUCCAGCGCAGCGAGCGGUCCGAGGGCGAAGGGCUCAUCAAGAAGCCCGGCAAGGAUCUUGGGCUCUCGAUCGCGAUCCGUACGAGCGCGUGUUCGUACAUCUUCUUACUCAAGCGCGUGUUUUGUGGUGGAGUGUGGUGGAGGGAGUGUGGUGUGGGUGGAGGGUGGUGGAGUGUGGUGGGUGGUGUGGUGGGUGGUGUGGUGGGUGGUGUGGUGGGUGGCGUGGUGGGUGGUGUGGUGGGUGGUGUGGUGGGUGGUGUGGUGGGUGGCGUGGUGGGUGGUGUGGUGGGUGGUGUGGUGGGUGGUGUGGUGGGUGGUGUGGUGGGUGGUGUGGUGGGUGGUGUGGUGGGUGGCGUGGUGGGUGUGUGGCGUAUUCUGAUGUGCAAUGAGUAUGAUCGCAUCCCUGACCCUCUGCCGAAGAGCACUGUGCGUGCCAUGCAGGUGCAAGCCAUGCCAGACUGGCGAAAUCCGCUGGGCUUUGCGUGCGACGUGCGCCCGGAGCUCAUGCCAGCAAGGGAGUCCGGGCAAACUGCGCUCGUGGCGGGUGUGACGGUGCUUGGCAUGAACUACUUCCCUUUUCUGCUGCCAACCUUGGACCCGGGCAAAUGGAAGCUCCAGUGGGGCUUCAACCCGCAGACCCAUGAAAUUCACGCGGUUCGCCUGCUCCACAUGGAGAUCCAGCUGCCCCCGGAAACCCUCACCUGGGAGGUGCUCCGGAAGUCCAAUGUCCUUCGUGCCAAGCUUCGGGAGGCGCUUCUGCCGGUCGAUGGGCAGAAAGGCGGCAAAAGAAGCAACGCUUUUGCUUUCCUGGCCAUCCCCGACCUCCGGCGCGACAUGGCUGACUUUCUUGACGAGAUCUGGGACGAGCCCUACCCGGUGGAGAACUACUUGUACAGGGUGUGGCAUAUUGUGGCCAUGAGCAACGUUGGGCCGGUUGUCACAGUAGCGGAGCGUCUGUCUCAGCUUCGGCCGCUGGAACACACCCUGUGCGAAGUCAACGAAGUGAGGUUAACAAAAAAGCAGAUCAAAGAGCAGAACAAGGCUUUGCUUGCAAUGCAGCAGAAGGAAGCUGCAAUGCGUCCUACAGAACCACCAGAGUAUGUCAAGAAAAGUGAGUUGAAGGUGGGCGACAGGGCAUCUCUCAACGUGAAGUACGGCGAUCACAAAGGUCAAUAUGCCGUGCGUAUCGUGGGGAUAGAAGAGAAAGGCCUGAGGAUACAGCAUGAGAAGGAUGGAUACGAAGAAGUUGUGAAACAAAGAGACAUAAAAUCCGGGAAGCUCAGCAUCAGUGUGCCGUGCUUGCAAGUCAGAAGUGUCUGUAUCGCUGGUGGCGCCGAGCCCGGUGGAAACUAG